AUCAUUUGAUAGAGUAUAUUAUAGCAUGCUGUAAUCAUGCAUGAAAGUUUAAAAAUUUUCACGUUUAUGAUUAUAGCAGCAUUUACUAUCUUUGAAUCAGACAUGAGUGUUCAAGUAGAGAAAGGGACAAGAAAAUUAAUCCAGAAUCAUCCGAAGCACCAAGAUUACUCUCAAAGAAGAAUACGGAUAUCUUGUUGUGGAAAUUCGUCAUGCCUGGCAACCAGCAGGUCAAAGAAAAAUACGAAAAAUAAACAGCCUGUUAAAGACCAAUCUCUACAGUUUUCACAAGAAUCAACGCGCUUCAAAUCAAUUAGCAGUUUGUCCAGUAUAAAAGUGGGAGAAAAUGCGGCGCACAACUCUAAAUUAAAUAUUGAAAUUAAUAUGAGUCUGCCAACAACGGAAGCGCGCCCUGACGUAAAUUAUGUGGAAACAGAAUCCUCCACGUCAGUAGGAAAUGGGGCACAAGAUUAUUCAAAUGAGGUUCUGACUACGAUAGUGGAUCACAAUUCAGUCACCACCGAGCUCAGUUCAUCUGUCAUGGACCCGAGGUCUACUUCUGCAGAUAUUUUAGGCAUCUUUGCCGAAUCCACACAGACAACUAUUGCAAGCUCAACAGAAACGCAUACGACGUCCCAAUCCCUUUCUACCGCCACAAAAACAGCCCCAAUAAAUGCUUCGACUUUGAAAAAUUUAAGUAGCUCAACGGCCAAAAUCGUGGCCACAACAAUUAUUACCACGACUUCAACAACUGCAAAACCUACAACCACCAGCAUAAGACAUACAGGCCCAACAACUAAGUGGACCUCCACACAAAGCACUGGAAAGGUCACACCACCGACCAUAUACCAACCACCUCCAGUAGCGCCCACUUCACAAGCUAAAAGUCUGCCGACGCCUCGACCACCUUGUGAAGCCCCGAUUUGCCGUUUUAACUCAAACUGCACGCAGAAUUAUGAAGAUUCAUAUUUGACAUGCUGUGGACUUGGAAUGAAACUGAUCAGCUUCCACCAUAGUCUGGCAUAUGAACAAGUGUCGCAAGCAUUCAAGCAAGGAAAUUUUUCAAAAUGGGAUUCAUCAAAAUUUUGGACUUCGGGCACCGAUAAUGGAUGUGAAAAUGCGUUUGGAUUUUGUGGUUCUAACACAUUGCUGCGCGAUGACACUAAAUGGGCGACUGGGGAGCCAAACAAUUCAAACGGCACGGAGCACUGCAUUUCGGUGGAGCUGAAAAAUAACUCUCUUCUCCUUUUUGAUGACAAUUGCAAUUUAAGGCAGCGAUACAUUUGUGAGGGACGUGUCGUAAGUCCUUUGCUAGCCACUUCAAUAGAAGAAGACUGCCGCCUGAUGUUCAGUUUGACCAAAGAGGAUAUCAAACGGGUGAUGACUGAGGGUCCUAGAGAUUUGCAAGAAAAAUGUUUUUUCAAAUGCUUCGGAGAAAAUUCCGGGCUGUACGUAAAUGGUAAACUGUCUGAGGAGAAAUUGUACGCAGCCUUUUCUGAAAUAGCGCCGGAAAAUUUGACAGCACUAAUUGCAAUGUACAACACGAUGGAUUACUGCUCUAACAUGACUCGCGGAAUGGACCUUUGCGAUAAAGCAGCAGAACUUAAAGCAUGCGGCGAUCAAGCGGCACCAGAGGCAAUGGCCAAGCUUAUGGAUCAUUUGGAAAAAACAAUGGCGGACCCUCCGAUUUUGCUUCCGACCGGCAAAGCAUACUGUCCAACAGACUUUAAUUGUUACAUAGAUGGAACACUAAAAACAGUUUUUGACGCCGCGCCAAAUGAUUCUUACUUUUCUUUCUCUGAUGGCUUCGGAUAUGUGAAGCAUGCAUGUGGAAAGAAAUUUUUGCAUCUCUCAUAUAAAUAUGAAGUAAACAUAACAGGAGCUUUAGAAAAGUGCUGCCUUUUUGGAUUGCGAAGCGUCAUAAUACCCACUGCUGAAAAGUAUGACUGCAUUAUCAGCAGCAAUUUAGUGGGCAACACGACUAAUACACUAGUGAUGACAGCUGCUUCUCGCCUUGGUUAUCCCACUCGACCUGUUUGGUGCUUCACGGGGGACGCGCUGAUGAACCUGACAAUAGCACCAAACAACUUGUCCUUACCAAUAGGCUCGCGCUAUAGCGUCCAAUUUAAACUCAUGGAAAAAGAAAUGGGCGGAUACUAUGAUUCCAUCCCUGAAGUACUCUGCGAGUCAUACUAAUUUUUGCACACUAUAAUUUUAAAUAGAAGCAGGAAAAAAUGUAAUUUAAAUAUAUGGGAAUUUUGUAAGGUCACUGCUGAGUAAAUUUAAAAAAAAAAUCUCUUUAAAUUUAUAUUAUGUGAUGGAUGCACAAACAAAUUCCUUGAUAUCUGGGUUACCGAUUUUUGAUUAGAAGAUUAAGGGUCACCAAGUAAUAUUAUUAAGAAAAUCGCACUUAAGUGUGUUGAAAAACGUGGUUUUCUUUCGGAUCGAGAAAAUAAUAAUCUUUUUCGCUUUGAAUAAAAAAAGAAACCACGGCAAAAAUUUUAUAAUGUAUGA